CUGAGGUACUUUCAAAAUCAAAUGGCUCAUCCAAUCCAUCAAGCUAGUGAAAAUAGCCCUUUUGGAGAUCUCACAAAGGAAGAAUUCUACAAAACCCACCAUGUCAUUCACCAAGAAGAAUUCAUUCUCAACAAAGGAAAUAUGAAGAUCUUCACACAAUCUUGGUACCCAGAUGCAACAAAUAUGGCUCAGCUUAAAGGCCUAGUUGCCAUGGUCCAUGGUUACAUCUCUGAAAGCAGUUGGAUCUUCCAAUUAACUGCCACAGCCAUUGCUAAACUGGGUUUCUUUGUAUGUGCACUUGACUUGCAAGGCCAUGGCUACUCUGAUGGCUCAUAUGGUCACAUCCCCGACAUCCACCCGGUCGUCGACGAUUGUAUCCAAUUCUUUAACACUUGCCGUGCUGAUCAUCCAAAGCUCCCAGCAUUCCUAUAUGGUGAGUCACUAGGAGGUGCCAUUGCCAUACUCAUUUCCCUAAAACAAAAGGGGUUAUGGAAUGGUUUACUAUUGAAUGGAGCAAUGUGUGGUGUGUCUCCAAGAUACAAACCAGCUUGGCCACUCGAAAAACUUCUUCCGAUGGCAGCUUACUUCGCGCCGAAAUGGAGAAUUGCAAUCACAAAACCAUUGGCAAGUAAGUCAUAUAAGGAGGAGUGGAAGAGAAGAUUGGUUGUAAAGAGCCCGAAUUGCCGGAGUUCCGGUAAGCCUUCAGCUGCUACUGCACUUGAAUUCCUUAGGGUGUGUGAGAAAAUAAAGAAAAGGUUCCAUAAACUUGAACUUCCAUUACUAGUGGUGCAUGGGGAAGAUGAUCUAGUUUGUGAUUCGGACUCUGCAAGACUUGUUUAUGAGUUGGCUGGAAGUAAAGAUAAAACCCUAAAGAUCUUUCCAGGGAUGUGGCAUCAAUUGAUUGGUGAAACAAAAGAAAAUGUGGAGCUUGUCUUUCAGACCAUUUUCUCAUGGCUUAGAGAUCAAGCUGAUAUAGCAGUACUGCCUCCCAUGAACAACCUGUUGUCUCCAAAUGUAUGAAGGUGUUAAUUGUGAGGAACCCACUUCACAAGUUCCAGACAAUUGAGUCUCAAGACUAUCAAUAACUAGUUCUUUCUUUGCUUUUUGGUGUCCAAUGAGUACCAUCACUAGAGUGUGGAUCAAGUUCUUGUACGAAAAUCAUUCUCGUACGGGUUGAUUCACACCGAUGAAAUUCACCACAAACUUAAUUGUUAGGUAAAUUUUAUCUGUGCAAAUCAAACCCGUAUAAGAAUAAUUCUCAUUCGAGUACUUGAUCCACUCUCCCAUCACUAGAACAUCAAUCUUCUAGUGUGGGCAUGGCAAAAGGUGGUCAGGUGGUGCUUUAAUUCUUUAACUUGAUCAACUAUGUUAAUUGUAUAAGAGCUAUUUUCUUUGUAAGUGUUGCAUGAAUUAAUUGAGAAAUAUGUAUUUAUGAUGCUUACCAAAUAAAUUGUUGGUUUCACCUACGUUUCAAA